AUCUACCUCAUCACUUCACUCAAAACAUUCAUAUUCACCAGUGAGAAACCCAAAACACUCAAAACAGAGAAACCAUCAUCAUCAUCAUGAGUACUACUUCAAGAACAAGCAAGGCUAUUGUUGCAGCAAGUGUUGGAGUUGUGGAAGCAUUGAAGGAUCAAGGAAUCUGCAGAUGGAACUCCACCAUUAGAUCCAUUCACCAAGAAGCCAAGACCCAGUUCAGGUCCUUUUCUCAGGCCAACACAAAGUUAUCUUCUUCUUCAACCUCUGCUUUUAGCAGGGUUCGAGAUGAGAAGCUCAAGAAGUCAGAGGAGUCUUUGAGGACUGUCAUGUACUUGAGCUGCUGGGGUCCCAACUAAGAGUCCAACCAAGAACAAGUAUUACAUAUUUAUGGGAGCCAUUGCUGGUUGCAUAGAGCUUGGGCUGAAAAAGAAUGAAACUUUUGGUUCCAUCAAUUAGGCUUUAAUUAGAUGGAAGGAAAUUGUCUAUUGUCUCUGCAAUUGUCUAUGGCCGAAAUGAUGUAGAGUUUUGUUAUAACUAUUAACAUUGUUAUAUAUCUAAUAUCUUUUACAUUUCUGGGAA